AUGGAAUUGACAUCUUUGUCCUUUGCAAUUCUCAGCGCUUAUUUAUAUGGAGGGAAGGCUCUUGGAAUGACUUACAAAAUGCCGGUUUUCCCUACGUUGAUUGUUCUCCUGUGUGUGCUUGUCAGCGAGGCCGCCAAUUUGGAGGAUGAAAGGGUUUGUCCAGCACUAGAUUACUGGAACCAGAAGUUGCCCAACACAUCCGUUCCCAACGCUCUACGCCAAGCCAUCUGUCCUCACACCAUAGCAGAUCAUCAGCUUGAAGAUGUUAAGGCCGAAGAUGUAUCCAUAUCUAGUCAGAAGUAUAUUGUACCCGGAGGAGGAGAUUUAACCAUAUAUGGCCAUAAGUACAUUACACCUCAAGUAGGAGAUGUAUCCAUUUCUAGUCAUAACUAUAUUCCACCUCAAGUAGCAGAUGCAUUCAUCUCUAGUUAUAACUAUAUUCCAUUUCGAGGAGGAGAUGUAACCAUAUAUGGUCAUAAGUACAUUACACCUCAAGUAGGAGAUGUAUCCAUCUCUACUCAUAACUAUAUUCCACCUCAAGAAGGAGAUGUGACCAUAUAUAAUCAUAAGUACAUUACACCCCAAGUACGAGAUGUAUCCAUCUCUAGUCAUAAGUAUAUUCCACUUCGAGAAGGAGAUGCAACUAUAAAUAGUCAGAAGUACAUUACACCUCAAAUAGGAGAUAUAUCCAUCUCUAGCCAUAACAAGUAUAGUCAUAAGUACAAUCAAGCAAUAGAAAAGAACCCAUUGCACCAAAGAGGAGAUAUGACCCUAUAUAAUCGUAAGUUUAUCUUUAAUAGGGACUCAUCACCCCAAGGAGACAUAAUCCUAGCUAAGGAUCCAAAUCAAGCAAAUGUUGAGUACCAUAGGCAAUUAUUGGCGGUCGAUCCUUUACUGUCAAUUUUCUUCUUUGAGAAAGAUUUACAUAUUGGAACCAAUAUAAUGGUGCAUCUAGAGGUCUUAAAAGCCCAAGAUUUAGUAGGUUUCCUUCCACGUAGCAUGGCAAAUAAAAUCCCGUUCUCACUAGAGAAGCUACUUGUAGCUCAAGAUAUGCUCAACAUACCUCAAGGUUCCCGCAUGAGUAUUAUCAUGGAAGAGACUUUGAAAAAAUGUGAAAGUCCAGCUAUCCGUGGCGAAACAAGAUUUUGUGCAACCUCAAUGGAAUCUAUGAUAGACUAUAGUACUGCAAAACUUGGAAGUAAUGAUUUGAAUGUAUUGGUUACAAAUCUUCCCAUCAAUUUCAAUUCUGAAAAUCAUCAAUACUCUGUCACCGCUUUGUUUGCUGAAACCAAUUCUAGUUCCAAGCAUGUUAUUUGCCACAACUUAAUGUAUCCAUAUGGUAUAUACAUGUGUCAUGAGGCUAAAGGAACCGAGAUCUUUGAAAUAUCUCUCAGUGGCCCAGGGACAUAUGGAAGCUCUAUACCAGUGAAGGCAAUAUGUCAUGCAGACACUAGUGGUUGGAAUCCAGAGCAUGCAGCCUUCGUGGCAUUGAACGUGAAACCAGGCGAGGAAGGAAUCUGCCAUUUCAUGCUUGAAGGAACUAUUGCAUGGCUGCUUGCCAACUGA